UUGCAGUACUUAGCUAGCUCCAAGAGCGUUGGUCAGUUGAGGGACCUAUUGACGGAGAUCAACAUUCUAGUUGAUGAGGUUGCAACGGUUUUGGGUUUGGUGCUGCGCACCACUCCUGCGCGCACAACGGGCAUUACUCCCACCAGCAUGGAAAUUCAGCACCGCUCAGGUUUUUGUUCGUUUCCGUUGAUCGUUGCUCGCAAUUCAAUCGGUGGCCUUUGCACGGCCUGAGGUCAAGUAUAACAUACAUGCCAACGAGCAGCGUUGACAGCGGAACUCGAGUAGAGCGACAUGCACCAGAAGUCCUUGCCUGCAACAAAACACCCAAUUCCAACCUGCUCAAUUCUGUCUUGUUAUUACUGUUGAGUAUCUUGUCUAGUUCGUGUUUGAGCGCAACAACAACAACACCAUGAGCGCGUUGCACUCGGCUCAUGAAUUCGAGUGGAUGACAAGUCGCUCAGCUUCAUCCAAGAAGCGACGGUCUUAUCUGCUAGACGACGAACCCGAGUAUGAAGAAGAGAUUCAGUUUUCGAGACCUCGAACAAAAGCCGUUGUACCGGUCGUCGCGAAACAGCCGCCGCCUCCGCAGUUCCGUGCGUCAAGUCCUCUGAUGAAUUUUAAGCUCUUGGACUUGACUUCGUUUGACGAAGAUCUCUUAGAAGCAGGCAGCAGCAGCACCGACGGAGCCAUGGUAGAUCCUGCCGAAGUCCCGUUCUACAAGGAACCGUCCGGUCCGUUUGGUCGUGGGCAAGACGCUUGGGAACCGUUUCACCAUCAUCCGCAGCACGACGAUCAGACGACUGCCAACCUCAGCACGACGUCUGCUGGCAGUAGAUGGGAUCGCUAUAAGGAAGAUAUGCGAGAAGACCCAGACUGCGAGUACUACGAUCUAACGGCGCUCAGCAGUGAAGACGUCACCAUGGGAAACACGACCGCCACGACUACAUCUGGGAAAGUUCCCUCCGCGGCCGUCGCCAAUGCCAACAAACAAGGUCGAGAACCCGCUGCCUAUGAUACUACUACUAGUAGCGGCGCUUUCAACAAUGCUGCCAGUCGCUAUCUGUCAAAUCGAGAUGAGUUGGACGAAUUUGGGAACCAUCCCUCCGACUACUACGAUCUUACCGUGCUUUCGGAAGAAGAGGAAGGUGCAUUUGAUACCGUUUUUAGCGCCGUAUCGCAUGUCAAGCAUGUCACACACACCACGGCGCCAACUGGGACAGCUGACGAUGAGCCAACACCCUUUGCAAACGAAAAGGAUAUUGUGGAUUUGACCUUUAAUACCUUCCCGGAUGCUCCCAUUGUGGACCUGACAGGCCUCACUUCCGACGUUGCGGAAGAAGAACAACUAACGGAGAACGGAAGCAUCAUUCUGGACUUGACUCAUGUUCAGGAAGAUGAUUACCGAGAUGACUGGAAUCAGGAGACUGAAGAAGAGUACAGAGAUCCUUUUCCAUCCUUACCAAACAAUGUCCUGAGCUACGAGUCCGCAAACUCACAGAACUCACAGGCAUCCAAUCACAGCGCACGAUCGUCCAAUGGUUCUUCCUACCCUUCUGGAUCCUUUGACUGGAUGACUCAAUCAGGAGUUACAAAGGCAGGGUCUGCCGGAUCUACAACUUCGAGCCGUCAGCGCAGUGUUCGAUGGCUCGACCAAGAGGUUGGCGCUGGAUUAGGUCUUCAUCACGAAGCGUCAGCCGAGACCAAGCACAGCAAACAUCGAAAGGAACCUGAAGGAGUCAAAAAAUCCGUCGAGGAUCUCCAAAGCAACUCCGACAUCCAGGAGCACGAGUAUCAAGAGGCGAACUACGAAGAUGAGGAAAACUCAAUCACCCUAGAUGUGGAUGACGAACAAUUGAUAGACAUUCAAGCUAUUUCGGACGAAGACGACGAGCAGCGAGAUGGCGAGGAAAUGACCCUUCCAUUUGCUUCGAGUGGAAGCACCGAUGGAAAUGAUACGAUAGAAAAUGUAAACAGGAUUUCUUCUCCACCCAGACUGUCCCGAACGAAAUCUCCGGUUGGUCCAACUGGCCGAGAAGACACCCUUACGCCGAGUCCUACCCUUUCCAAGAAAAGAUCCGCAACGCCGCAACCCCCGACACCAGAAACGCUAUCAGCCCCAAUGAAGGAGCCCCCAUCUCCAACCGUCAAUGCAGCUACCUCCUUUUUCAGUAGUCUGUUGUGGGACAGUGCGCCGUCAGUGGGGUGUCAAACAGAGGCUAAGCAGCAACAAGAGCGAGAAACUAAGGAAGAGAGCGAAGCGGAAGUGUCACCCUCAGACGCGGACGAUAGCAAUCACAAGACUCUUCAAGAAGAGUUGUCAAGGGUCUUUGAAAUGGCAAAUAGUGAGGUAACUUUGGACGCAAAAGAAGGCACAGAAGCCGAGAACGAAGAAGGUGAUGGUAGUGGCACAAGCAAUGACCUCAACAUGGAACCAAGCCAGGCGUCUUUGAUCAAACGAGAGCGCAUUGAAAACCUGCGAAUGCAGCGAAAGAGACGACAGCAGGUAUUGUCUUCAAUUCUGGAUGCGGGAGGCAGGCGACCUGCAGCUGCAAGGGCACCAAUGGCACCAGGAGAAGACGACGACUCACCCGACUGUGGACCAAGCAUUGAAGUUUCGAUCGUCGAAAAAGCCAAGAUCAAGUCCAAGAAGUCAAAGGAUAAGGAAAAAGACAAAGGAGACAAGGAGAAGAAAAAGAAAAAAGACAAAAAGAAGAAGGACGAAAAGAAGAAAGAUGAGAGUCAAGCGUCGGCGGGCAAGUCCAAGUCCAAGGGCAAAAGCAGCAAAAGCGGUGCCACUGGCAGCUUGGACGACAGCAAUGCCAAGAGUAAGGGAAGUGAUACCGCCAAGGGUGUCGAAAGCCCGACAGAACCCAAGGAUUCUGAAAAGGCAAAAUCCAAGACAAAAAGCAAGGACAAGACCAAAGACAAGGUCAAGGGCAAGACGAAGGGCAAGUCCGCCAAGAAAGACAAGGGAGGCAAAUCGAGCAAAUCCAAGAGCAAAGACAAGAAGAAGAAAGCCAAGAAGAAGGAGAAGGCUAAAAGGGAUGCUGGCUCUGUCUUCACGUGGAAGCGAGUCAGGGCAUCCCUGCCAUGGAAGAAGCGCGACGUGGCCUUGUUCACGCCUUCGUCUUCCGAGGAGGAUGAUACAGACCGAGAUAGCAAGAAGGCUAUGCGCGAAGAAGUUCGUCGAUCCAUUGAACGUGCAGCAGCCGAGAGUGUGGGUAGAAUUGCUCGUGCAUCCAAUGCGAAAGCCGAGAAGAACGAUCACAAGUCUCCUGUGGGACGUAAGUCUCCUGCAGGACGCAAGUCUCCAGCUGGACGCAAGUCUCCAUCUGGACGCAAGUCUCCUCAUUCGUUGUCAAGGGCUGAGAGUCUACUAAGGAUUGCCCGCUCCACAUCGACCAAGUCGUCCAAGAAAAACAAAAAGCCUCCAAAGGCUCCCCGGCAAGCAGAGAUUGAUUCAAUGAAUGAGUAUCAUGCGAAGUAUUAUGACGGAGACGCCGACACCAACUCUGAACAUGAAUCAAGGCGCCGAAUGAGGCACCACGAGACCAUCACAGAGUUGACGAACGCAGAUAGUGUUCUCAAUAGAACAAUUCAGGGUGGUGAGCACGAAAUGGCCAAACUAGCUGAGAUUGAAAUGGAGGUUCAGCAGCAGACAGCCGCCGCAGCAAAAGCAGCCAUAGCGAUCGCAGCAGCAUCGAGGGGUGAGCAGCCCACUCGAAAGGCGUUUCUGGAGGGCGAAAUACCGCUGCCGGUGCCUCAAAACGUUGACCCCACUGAUGAUGAGCGUCCUGAUGAAACGGAGCAUGUGGCUGAACGCAAGCAUGUCGCUGAAAGCGAGCAUGCUGUCGCAUACUCACUCCGUCCUGAUGAAACAGAGCAUGUUGCCGAAACAGAGCAUCUUAUCGAGAGUGAGUACGCGACAGCUGAAAGCGAAUACGCAACAGAUGACAUUGUUGAGGAAGGUCCAGGAAAUUUUUACACGACAGAGAAAGACAACAAGUCCAUGGGUUCGCACGUGAGUCGUGACCAAUCACACGUCAGCAACUCAUUCUACAGCACUGCUGCUGAAAGCGAAAUCCCUGCAGUUGUUUCAAACUAUGGCUCUGGGUCGGAUCAAUCUGACGACCAGAGCUAUUACAGCUACCAGGACCAACACGAGGACUUCCAAAGCGACCGGUCCUAUGGAACAAAUCCAUCCACGGACAUGAGUCGGCAAGCAAUCCACCGCAAGUCCACUCCAUAUUCCCACCAUUCAUCGUCCAAGAGUCUUGUUGAGCGCAAGACUUCAAUAUUUGUGGAACCGUCUGUCUACACGACGAGACCGCAUGAGUCCCCAGAGAACGGCAAGCAUGACUUUCAGUGGCUCUAUGGAAACGAUGUGAAGCUUCCUCUCUUCCUACGUGCUUGUAUGCAUUGCCCAACCGUCACGGGAGGUUGCUGUGACGUUUGGCAGACAAGUCAAGCACAAAAUGCUGAAGUGCAGCAGGACCUGAAGCGAAAAGGGCAUAAGAGCUCGGAUUCUUACACUUACACAACUGACACCAGUACCUUGAAUUCGCCAAUGUCCUGCUUCUCUCCGGCAAUCGAGUGCGUGGAUGAUUCUUCAGUCCAGAAGAACUGCAAACCGGUGAUAUGGGGAGAACAAGGCAGUCCGUUCUGCAACGUCCCGGAUAGCUUGUACAAUGAUGCCUCAUUCUUGUCGGCAUCGCUGGCUAGCCGACAAGAUACGAACCCCGCUGAUACAGACACUGACAGGAGCGCGACGUCGGCGCUCCCAAUCAAUUCCACUAUCAAUCUGGUGUACCAUUCCUGUGGCGUUGCCGUGCACAGGCAGCAGUCUGCCGAUGCUCGCAACCAGGACUCCAACUCUGUGAAGCCUCAGUACUUUGGAGACAGUGGGUAUGGAGAAGAAGUACCGCUAGCGCCAAUUGAUUGUACCAAUUCCCCGGAAGGAGACAAACGCAAUGUCAUUGUCCUCGACGACCAGUGUGGGGUGCUCCACGACUCCUUGACGAACAUCAGGGCCACUUCGAGGAACCAACUUGCAUCUCCGUCAUCUACGCGAAAGACAAAGAGCAAAAAGACGAAGAAGUCUGGUGACUCUCACUCGUCAAAAUCCAAGCGAAGAGGCCGCAAAUCUAAAAAGAAAAGCAGACGUGCGGUCGCUGAUGAAGGCCACAACGCUAGUCCAGCCGCAAAUCCUUCGUCUGAGCAACCCCUGGAGGCAGACGUAACCCAUCAAAGCAACACUGACGAAGUGAACGAACCCGUCAUUCCAACAGAGGAAACUUUCAAGGGGAUCGUGCUGGCCACUGAAGACGCAUUUGCAAUGUUGAGUCAAGCCGCAACCCAAGACGACCCCGACGCUGCCCUCCCAUCGUUGCAACCCAAUGAUGAUUAUUCUGAUGACGAGAUCAAUGGAAGAAGUCUUGGCACUCUGGAAGCACAAGAAAACAUGUCAGUGUACUCUGGCAAUGUGUCAAGGUCAGAGGACCGAAACGAAGACACGGCACCUUCAGAAGACAUCAUUCAUCUGGAAAGUCAGACUCCUGUCGACCUGGAGGAACAUGAGGAAGCUGCGGUAACUGAUGACGAAGAAGCAGACAACGACGAAGAUGUCGUGAUGGACGAACCUCCGGUGACUUCUUUGCCGAAGAGGAACGUUGACAACCAUUCAAGGGCGACUGAUGUCUCGGAUGAGUCCCCGAUGCUUCCCACAAACAUGCAGGACGAUCGGUCCAACAGGUCCAACCGGUCCAACAGAUCCAACAGGUCCGGUAGGUCGAGCAGGUCCGGCAGAUCCUAUAGAUCCAACAGGUCGAAGAGUGACGCACCAACCGCAGGUGGCUCUUUGAGCGGUGGCGAGAAGUCUGAGGGUGUCUCAACGACGGGCGGAAAGUCUCUCCAAGAGUCCCGCGCAUCAAGCUUGUUCACUCCUGACGACCAAACUUCUAUGGAAGACAUUUCGCUUGGCUACAGCGAAAGCAACAUGGAAACCUGGUCUUUUGGCGCCGAGUUCAAUGAAAAGCAAGCGAGUCCUCCCCGAGUGAAACCGAGAGACAAGCCAAACAACGAGGAUGUCGUAGUCGACGAGAGUGAAGAAGCCAAAGAGGUCAAAGCCACACUGCCGAUUCAAAUGAGUUCUCAGCCGAUUUCGAACUUUGUGAUGAGCAUCUUUGGUGCACCGGCCCGCAAGCCCGGUGCUGAAGAAGAAGAGGAUACCUUCCCAAGUCUCCCGAAUGGAGACAUUCAUGCAAACCUGACAGACGUCAUGGAACGACCGAAGAGUCUCCAAAGCCUAGAGUCAUACGACUCGGAGGCUCCAGAUGCAGUGGGAUCAGAUGUUUCAUUGUCUAGCCUGAGUCUUUCAAUGAACAGUCCCAGGAAACACAACGAUUCGCAGAAACCUAGUUCCAGCCUGGACCGAAAACGGCUAGAGCAGCUAAUUUCGGAGCUUAUGGGCCAUCCAAACGGCUUCAUUUUUAGCAAGCCAGUUGACAUGGGCGAGUUCCCAGAUUACAAAAACGUGGUCAAGAACCCAAUGGAUCUGGGCGCUAUUUUGAAGAAACUGUUGAGUUCUGGCUACCCAACUCUUCUCGACUUCCAUGCUGAUGUCUCUCUGACGUUUGAGAAUGCCAUGGCCUACAACCCAGAAGGAACACCAGUUCAUGGCAUGGCUUUGGAGCUGAAGGAGAUCUUCGAAACAAACUUUUUGGAACUGCUGGAUCAACUGGAAGCUGAACUCGUUGAGAAAGAGGAGGACGCCCGUUUUGCGAUCUAGCUGGCACCUAGCUAGGCCGUGGGGGUGUGAAGCGACGAGGGAUCCAAGCAAGCAACUGGCUUUUGUUGCUUUGGGCGUGGGAGUGAGAAGAGUAUACUUUAGUCCAGAACAGAGUAAAGAAACACAGUUGCAUAGACAGAAGAAAUUAGCUAUCUGUCUCCUCUUCUCUUGAUAGUUAGCUCACUCGGUGCCACCAGAGCUAUACCUGCAAAACUCCUAUUAACUUAGGCUAUUCUUGCCAAACUCCAUACUCCAGACUGCUUGCUGCCCUGAUUCCAAUUGCCUGAUUACUGAUUCCUUCCGCUUCCUUUUCAAGGGCCCAGGGAGUACAGCUCUUGCUUCCUUUCAUCAUGCUGAAGCUCUGCGUCUUCUGAUGCAAUCUUCUUCAUCCCUUGGCUGCAUUAGGGCGCACCUUAAGCCGCCGCCCCCCUUGGCAGCGAACUUCUCUGGCAGUCCCCUCCAUCAUAAGGGUAGCUAUACUCUGCCCAAUCAGCCAUGGCGGCCCUUUGCCACUGCUCUAGCUAGCUAGCUAGCUAGCUGGCCAUCAUCUAUCUUUGCUAGUACAGCACCGGCAGCAACCAGGACAACCAGUCAUCUGAUUGGUUGAGAUAGGCUGGAUCGGAGCCUCGCUUCACGCCACAAAGAAAGUCAUCUGAUCUCUUCUUGCCAGCUAGAUUCUCCUCCCACCAACAACGUAAACCUAGCUACUCAGCUCUGGAGAAGAGUCGCUUUCUGCAAGGAAGGCCCCUGCACUAUACUCCAAUAGCCCAUGAGGAACCAUGGCGAUGCUUUUGCAUUGCGAGGAAGCCCUCUUUUUUGAUAGACUGGGUGGCUGACUUAAAAGCGUUUGGUCUGCUCCGCUACAACUAACUGACAUUGACAACGAGCUGGAUAUUGCCCACGAAGAAGGGUCGAGAUACUGCUUUGGAACAGCUCUGGCUGUGGCACUUCAAGCUAUGGAUGCCAUGAUAGCCAGAUCUCGGCUUCAUUGUGUUUUCGGCACUGCAGCUGCAGCAACGCUGAAGCUUCAGCCACAGUCUCUCUAUUAAGCUGGUAAGAUACAGCGUAGCUAGCCUACUAGGCAGCUACUAGCUAGAUGAGCUGCUACCAGGUAG